UGAGGGAGACGGAUCUCUGAGGAAGGAGGGCAAGCAAGCCCUCUGCGUCCGCGCGUACCACACUCGAGCCGCGUGCGCACCCAUGCCAUCUCCACCCUAGAGUUUAGCGAGCAAACAGCUUUUAGCCGUCUUUACCUUUGCCUAAAAUUGUCUUUGCGCACGCGGGCAUGCCGUAGGACUGACGGCGGGGGGGCCUCAGGAUGCCCGCCCGCAGUACUGGACAUGUCUAACGGUUACCGUACUCUGUCACAGCACCUCAACGACCUGAAGAAGGAGAACUUCAGCCUCAAGCUCCGCAUCUACUUCCUGGAGGAGCGUGUCCAGCAGAAGUACGAGGACAGCAGUGAAGACGUGUACAGGAGGAACAUCGAGUUGAAAGUAGAAGUGGAGAGCUUGAAGCAGGAGCUUCUGGAGAAACAGCAACUCCUUGACAAAGCCUUGACAACAGCAGAGAGUGUUACCAAUCACAAUGAGGCAGAGCUGCAGCGACGGUGUGAGGAGAGACAACAGGAGAUUGAUCACAUGCAGGAGAUCCUGGAGACCAAAAUCCAGCUCCUCCAGGAGGAAGCCAAGCUGGCUCGGAGCGAGGCGGAGAGGAUGGCAACCCUCGCCGGGACUGGAUCCCUGCGAGGACCGCCCCCGGGGGGAGGGAUGAAGGACGCCUCCGAGGAGGGGCACAAGCCCCCCGUCCUGCCAGAGGGCAGGGACAGGGUGGUGGAGGAGCUGACCCGCGCCCUACGCUCCAAAGAAGCCCUGAUUGCUGAGCUGACAGACGAGAGAGGCCUCCUGCAGGAGAGAGUGGGCCACCUGGAGAGCCAGGUGCAGGACCUGUCUGCCUCUCUCCAGCAGAAAGAGAGGGACGCUGAGUUCUUCCAGGAUGAGCUGGGCCGGGAGAAGCUGCGUAUUCAGCAGGAGAUGCAGAACCUGAUUGAGGAACAGCAGACACAGCUUAACCAGUACGAGUGCGCAGCGGGCCAGUGCGUCAGCGAGCUGCAGAAGGCCCAGCUCCAGGUGCAGUCCCUGCAGGCCAAGAUCCAGGAGAGCGAGACUAACAACCAGAGGCUGCAGGAGAAGCUGUGCGAGAUGGAGUCGGACCUGCGCUCCAUCCGGAUGGCAGCCCAAAGGCAGGAGCGCACCAUCCAGGGCCUGAGUGAGACAGUCAGCACCAAGGACAGUGAGGCGGAGGAGCUGUACCGUGUCAUAGAGGGGCAGAAUGACACAUUGUGUAAGCUGAGAGAGAUGGCCCACCGCAACCAGCUUCAGCAGGUGGCUGAGGAAGGGCAGGAGCCAACCCGCACCCCUGCCCUGCAGUCAGAGCUCCUAGCACUGCAAAACUCCCUCUUCUCCACCCAGCUGGAGCUGGAAAGCAGCCAGAGGGCCCACCACCGGAGCGAGAGGCAGGCUGCCAACAUUGCCCGUGCCCGAGACCGCCUCCAGGGCGACCUGCAGGAGGUGCUGCAGCAGCGUGAGGUCACAGAGCAGCACAACCAGGAGCUGCGCCGUGCUCUGCAGCAGGCUCGCUGUGAGCUGCAGCUGAAGGAGGGGCAGCUGAAGGACAAGGAGGCGGAGAGACAGAUGGAAAUGGAGGAGCGUGACGACGGGAUUAGGCAGCUGAGAUUGUCCCUGCAGGACAAAGAAAGACUGCUGCAGGAAUACUCAGAGCUCCUGGACCAAUCACAGGACCCCAGCAGGCCUCGAGACGCCCUAGUGAACAAGCUGAGGGAGCGCAUCAAGGACCGGGAUAGAGCUCUAGAGCGCUCCAUCGAUGAAAAGUUUCGUUGCCUGGAAGAGAAGGAGACCGAGGUGCGGAGGCUGCAGCUGGCCCUCAGGGAGAAGGAGAGAGACCUGGAGAGACUGCGUUGCAUCCUGUCCAACAACGAAGAAACCAUCACUAGCCUGGAGGGGUUGCUGCGGGGGAAGGAGCUGGGGCUGGAGCAGGUGUCAGAGGCCUGCAGGAACCUGCAGUGGCAGAAGCAGGAGAUGGAGGAGCGUCAGGGCCGCAGCCUGAGGGAGAGGGAGGCCAUCAUCAGCCAGCUGCAGGCCUCCCUUCAGACCCGCACCAAGGAGGCAGAGGACCUGGAGGCACUGCUGAGUAAGGGCUCGAUGGCCAGUAGUGAGGUGGUAGAGGAACUCCGGCUGAGCCUGCAGCUGAAGGAGCGUCUGUUCCAGGAGAUUCUGGCUGACCGAAACCAGCAGGCCCAGGAACACCAUGCUGAGGUCCAGGAGCUGCUCAACACCAUCAGCACCAGAGACCAAUACAUCAAGGACUCAGCAGGCCGGCUCAGUCAGCUGAUCAGUGAGCGGACCAGUGAGCUGCAGGAGUUGCGCAGGCAGCUGAUCGCCCGGGAGAGGGAGGCGAGAGAGCUGAGCCGGGAGAGGGAGCCAUGUCUUGAGGUGGAGCGCCUACAGAAUCAGCUGCGGGAGAAAGAGAGCUUCAUCCAGGAGCUAAUGAAGAGCCAGGAGGAGCCCAUGGUCAUCUCCACGCCUGGUGAGGCCACCACAGAAGGGUUUUGUGAAGGUGGCGCGGGGCCACAGGAGGAGGAGAGGGAGGCGGAACGCGAGGAGCUGCAGCUGGUCCUAAGGAAGGAGAAGGAGGCCCAGCUGGAGAUCUCCACACUGCACUCUGCCCUGGCCAAAGAGAGGGAGGUGGUGUGUGCCCUGGAGGCCGACGUUGAGGCGCUCAGCGGGAGCGUGCACGCUAAGGAAGACCUCAUCAAGGACCUACAGAGGCGUCUGGUCAAGCCCUCCAACUUGCCAUUGGUGGAGCAGUUGACCAAGGAGCUGCAGGAGCUCAGAGACAACACCAAGAAUGAUCACCAGCAGCACAUCCUGGAGCAGCUGGUGUCAGAGUACAGCGGUCUGAACACAGCUCUGAGGACAGAGACAGAGCUUUACCGCCACCUGACUCAGACCCACCCCCCAGGAGAGGGCCUGGAGAAGACACUGCAGAAGGAGCUGGAAAUGGUUCAGGCACUUAGAGGACAGCUGGAGGAGGUCCUGGCGAGGACCCGAGACUUUGCCCUGGUGCCAGAAAGGGCAGCCAAAAAGCAGCCUGAUUUUGGAGAGCUCAGCACAGACGAGGAAGAAGAGGAGGACGAUGCCAGUAGUGAAUUCACAGACAGCAUUGAGGAGGACGACAACAAACUGACAGCUCGAACCUUGGCCACUACUCUGAAUGCUGGGAUCACCUGUGAGCAGGAGGACCUGCAUGGAGGACCAGUGAGGAGGAUAUUAUCCCAGGAUGCAGCGGUGGAGUGGCAGGUGGAGAUGCAGAAGUUGGUGGAGCAGAAAAGGGCGGUGGAGCGGGAACUCGGAGAGCUGAAGGCCCAGCUGGAGAAGUCCGGGUUCUCGUCUCUGUCUCAGAUGAGGAAUGCUCUGCUGCACUUGCAGCUGGAGAAGGGUGAGCUGAAGGGCGCAGCGGGUCACGUGACGUGGAGAGGGUGGGAGCAGGGUGUGACAGGCGGGCUGAGCGAGGAGGGGCAGCAGCAGGGUAGCAGCGCCGAGGGCCAUGUGGCAGAGGAAGGGGACGUGCCAGGACUGGAGGCGACCAGGGCCAGAGAGGACGAGGUGGGACCUGCGCAGGGAAAGCGUGGCGCCCCCUACGUGCCGCUGAGAGAGAGACAGGGGAAGAGGAGGUGCACCCGGCCUCACUCUCAGAGCCCCUGUCCCACACAGCCCCCUGCACAGGAGGAGGAGCCCAGGGAGGAUGAAGGCCAGAGUGGAUUCUGGGAGAAGGUGGAGGCGGGGCUGCGAGAGCAGGCGCUGAGGCUGCGUUCUGAGCUGGCGCUGAGCCGCCAGGAGAGCCACGACCUACAGGAGAGGCUGAUGGUGUCGGAGGCCACGGUGCAGGCCCAGGCUGAGCAGCUGAAGGACUACAGAGAGCUGCUCACGGAGACCUCGGUGGAACAGGCCAGUAAGCAGGUUCAGGUAGACCUGCAGGACCUGGGGUACGAGACCUGUGGCCGCAGCGAGAACGAGGCAGAGAGGGACGAGACCAGCAGCCCAGAGUUUGACGAUAUGGAGACGUCAGGGCGGGACCGCGGGGGGCAGUGGUGGGCGGGGGAGUGGGUGGAGUGCGAAGACGCGGCAGCGCUGCGGCGGCGCGUGCGAGAGCUCCGGACCCAGCUUGCCCGCUCCCAGAAGGCCGUGCGCAGCCUCCAGCUCCGCGUGCGCUCGCUCUCUGCCACCAGCGACUACGCCUCCAGCCUGGAGCGCGUCCCCCGCAAGGUGAACUGGGCCUUCCGGGCCUCGGACGAGGACGAGGGCUGGCAGUCAGACGGGGCGGGGCGCCACGAGCCGCAGCCCAGCAGAGCUCUCCGAGAGCUGGUGACCCGCGUCACCUCGCUGGAGGCCCAGCUCAAGCACUCCUGCAUGGAGGGGAAGGCCACGGGGGAAGACAGCAGGUCUGCCACCUGGCCAGGGAAGUAUGACACGCUGAUCCAGGCGCAGGCCCGCGAGCUGUCACACCUGCGGCAGGCGAUGCGCGAGGGGCGGGGCAUCUGCCACAUCCUGACGCAGCACUUGGGCGACACCACCAAGGCCUUCGAGGAGCUGCUGCGCGCCAAUGACGUGGACUACUAUGCCAGCCAGAGCUUCCGGCAGCAGCUGGCACAGAGCACCGCACUGGCUGAGAGGGUGGCUGCUAAGAUCAGCGGCCGGGAUUGCUCGGGACUCCAUGAUGAAAAGAUGGGCCACGAGCUCCUCGCUCUACGACUGAGCAAGGAGCUCCAGCAGAAGGACAAGAUUAUAGAGUCCCUUCACACCAAACUGCAGCAGCACUCGGACACGCCCUCCAGCAGCCAUGCCCUGUCUGAGACCACUGACCAAUCGGACAGGACCUCCUUUGUGUCAGAUGAGCAGGGCUCCACCAAUGAGGACUUGGAGCUGUGCUCAGACAUGGAUGGCGCCAGCGAGUAUGCACAUGAGGAGCAGGGCAGGCGUGUGGGUCCCGGGCAGAUUGGCACAGAUCUGCACCACCACAGUGGCACUCCGCCACAGCACUUGUCAAUCCCAUCAUCAACCACUGCAUCUCAUGGAACUCAGUCAUCCUGCAGCUGUCCCACCAUGCCGUGCACACUGCACGGGCCAGCGGAGAGUGAAGCUCAGAAAGACCUGUACUCUGGGCCCGUCUCCAGCUCUCUCCCUGUCCCCUUCACCCACUACUGCCCCAAACUCUCAGACCCGAGGGAGCCCUCACCCUUCGACCCCCAUUCUCCUCUCCCCGGGCCCGGGGUGUUCUCACUGGCCGAGGUUCACGAGGAGCUGCAGUUGCUGCAGAGGCAGCUGGGAGAAAGUUUUGCUGGUCCUCAUGUCAAGGCGCUGGCUAACUUCCCCUCACCAGCCCGCUCCCACCCAGAUUCCUCCAGUUACCUCCCUCUGUCCCAUCAUGCCUUUCACCAGCCCAAGCUCGCCAGCACUGACGGAAGCUCCAAGGUCGAUGGGAGCCCGCUGGAGAGCAGUGCAUUGUGGGAUAUGGGCCACACAAGUGGGCCGGUCGGAGUCGGCACUUACGGUACUGUUUCCUCGGGAUCAUCAGGGUACCGGUCCGGUGUCAGCUACACAGGGGCAGACCUGAUCGAGGAGCACCUGAGAGAGAUCCGUGGCCUGCGGCAGCGCCUGGAGGACUCCAUCCGGACCAACGAACGGUUGAGGCAGCAGCUGGAGGAGAGGCUGGCCACAACAGGCCGGCACAAUGGGGCGCCCACCAAUAUCUACAUCCAGGGCCUGGAGUCCCUCAGCCAGCUGACCAAUGAGAACCAAGCCCUGAAGGAGGAGAUCCUGGGCCUGCAGGCACGACUGCAGGCUAGCAGAGACAGCUGCCAGGAGGCGGAGCAGCUGCGGGAGGCAGUGCUGACUGGGCGGGCGCAGCUGAAGCAGGCGGAGCUGGAGGCAGAGGAGUGGAAGGAGGAGCUGAGGAGGCUGCAGGCGCACAGCUGCAAGCAGGGGCAGGAGAUCCAGCAGCUGCGGCAGGAUCGGCAGAACAGCCAGGAGAACAACAACAGGCUGCAGCAUGAGGUGAACCUGCUCCAGCAGCAGCUCUCAGAGAGCCGCCAGCUUCUGCACUCAUUGCAGUGUGAGCUUCAGGUGUAUGACCGCAUGUGCGGACAUGCCAAGGGCCCCCACGCAGGGUACGGAUAUGAGGUAAAGUCCUUCGAGGGGCCCUCAUCCCAGGAGCUGGGGGAGCUGCUGGCAGAGGUUCGGGGUCUCCGGGUGCAGCUGGAGCAGCAGCUGGGUGUGGCCAUCGGCCACAGAAUGUCUGUCAGCCCCUGUAAGAGGCUGCUGUUCCAUGACCCUGCACCCUCUCCGCCUGUCAGGGACAUGGGGCUGUUUAACACCGCGUCCCCCUACACUAUGCUCACUGACCAGGAGGAGGCACCACUCGCAGGCAACGCAGAUCCACUGAACCCGCAUGCCGCACUGGUGGGGGAGGCGCCGGAUGGCUCGUUCGCCAACAAGAACGGGCGGCAUGCCGUUGGGCAUGUGGAUGACUUCAGCGCGCUGCAGCAGCAGGUGCUGGAGGGCAAGGCGCUGGUGAGCAGGAUGCAAGCAUGCCUGCUGGGGCUCGGCUCGGGAGAGAUGGCCGUGGACUGCGCCGGGGUGGCCGGGCUUCUGGCCAAUGCCAAGACGCUGAGGCAGAUCCUGGAGGAGGCCGCGUCGCUGCUCAAGAUGUUCUGGAGGGCAGCGCUGCCUGACAGUGAGAGGUUCACCCAACAUGCCCAAAAGGAACAGGACCUGAUGGAGGAGAUCCACCAGCUGAAGCAGAAGGUGGGGGAGCAGGAGGAGUUGCUGCAGGGCACAGUUGCCAGGCUGAGGAGCACCAAUCGCACUAAGGAGAGCAUGGAGCACUUCAUCAUCAGCCAGCUAUCAAGGACACGUGACGUCCUGAAAAAGGCCAAGUCAAAUUUGCAGAAGAACGAGCGCAAGAUUUCCUCCCUAAACUCCUCCUCUUCCUCCCUCUGCCCUGCUAAAGGUAUGGCACACUGGCCUCCUCUGCCUGUGCCCCCGCCCCCCAUUCCCACCCUCCAGCAAUGGCCUGCCAUCACUGCUUGCCACCUAUCUACCUGACAGCCACACAAUUUUAAUCACAGCGCCACCCAGUGGAUUGGCUUAGUAGCGCAGGGACACUUCAGGCCUUAAAUGUCACCCGAUUUUGAAACUAGGAAUUGGGUUCUGCGAAGCUGCACUGACCUGGUGUCGGGUUCCUUAAGGGAGCUUAGAUAUUUGCAGUUUCUGUUGUGGAUCACAGGACAAAAAUGAAAUGGAACGGCCUUUCAGGGAUGUUUGCACAGCAUGACAACAUGCUUUUAAACACAUCCAGGGAAUAACGUGUUGGAAAAAGCAGAUGACAAAUGGAGUUACAUGAAGGCAUUUCCAUUAUUACAUGUUUACACAGCCCCCAGAGAAUUAGCACCCCAGAUGCAGAGACAGCAGGUGCGGGGCUGUGGACGAGGCUGAGCUAAAGCGUUAAGGACUUAAAUGUUGAGUACAGGCUAUGGGGGAAGGGUGUUCAGACCCAACAGAUUGCUGAAUAGAAUCACAUCAGGACAAAUUGUCCUGGAGGGCCAAACAUAUAACUGCCCAUUUCAACCAAUCACAGUCUUUGCACAGGCAAAAUGGCACUAUGCUAACAGUUUUAGCAUAGCAGUAAAAAAUCCACAUGCAUUUAAAUUCAUACAAUGUACAUGCAGAGUCACAUCCAUCUGUUUAUACAACAGUAUUUGCAGCUGGCAGGACUAAGCAUGUUUAAGCGUGUGUUAAGUGAAGGUUUGUGUGUCCAUAUCCCCCGUACAGCUUUGUCGACUUGAAACUCCCACUCAGUGCCUUUUUAAUAAAUUGCGAAUGUCUGGUGAACACUACUGUAUCCUGCAAGAGGUGUAUACAAGGCACUUGUACAUCAUGUACAUCAGUUUUCAUAUCUGUUUAGCCUCAACAUGUUAAUAAAAAAACAACCACUUUGCUAAUAAUUGUGACCAAAUCACUUUCCAGAUCAAGUGAUAAAACAUAAGAUGACACAGUGAUAGGAUAGGCUUCCAUAGUGUGUUUUGAACCAAUUUCAAAGAGGUUUAAAAGAGGUUUAAAGAGAGCUGGAAAACCGGUGCUGGAUUUCAGAUGCUAGGGACUGGAGUUGAAAGUGAUAAUUGUUACCAUUUCUGCAUUGACCCCAUUGCCAUUUUCUGCUAACCAUCAUCCUCCAUUAACUAGCAACCUUGCCAUUGAUUGUAAAGCUAUGUAUUCCAUCAUCAGACUGUCUCAGGACUAAACUUACCAAAGAAACCUAACCAACAGAUAGGCUACUUAUUUGUAGCAGUGCAUGUUUAUCUACCUGAAGGACAGUCUGCAAAGCAAAGGAGCUUCACAGAGAACAGUCAGAGUUAUGCCUUGUUCAGGGGUACAGGGGCAUGUAGUGUCAUUCUGUGCUGUACUGGGAAGCAUUACUCCGCUAUGGGAGCGAGGAGAGGAACUUUCUCAGGUAGGUUAAAUGUCACCUUCUUCCAGACGUUGGUUCCAUUGCUAAAAUACCUCUCCUUGUUCUCCUUCCAGGUGACGUCCCAGGAGACCCCCACGAGCAUCCUCCUGUUCAGAGUUUCAUGAGCCCGCACCCCCGGGCCCCAGCGAGGGGGGCAGUCGCCCAACGGCUUACUAGGAAGCGGGGAGGACAGUGCCUGCUCCGAGUUGUCGCCUACUAACCUGGCGGGAGUCUCCUCUGUCUCUUCCACACCUUCUCCAGCCUCCCCUCGGACUCGGACACUUCCACCCUUUAUACAGCCUUAUCUCGGACUUGGAUACCUCCACCCUUUCUAUAGCCUCCCUUGGACUCCACUCUUUCUCCAGCCUUUCUCUAGCCUUCUCUCAGACUCUGACAACACCAUCUUUUUUCCUCCAACGAGGAAAAUCGUUUUGCCUUCACUUCCGAGCUCUGCUCGGAAAAUUGCCUCCUGUUUUUUCCACUACAGACACUAUGGAGGCUCUGGAACAGACUCUGCAUACAACAGGAAUGGGGAGCUGCGUUUGGAGGGCUCGUUUGUGCGUUUGUGUCCUGUGGAUUUUUAAUCGUAGCUGUGUGUUGUCUGACAAAUCCAAAAUAUGGCAAAUUGAAAAUCUGCAGCUUAACUUGAACUCCUUCAGUUCUACAGCCGCAGGAAAACACUUUUUCACACAGCGAUGUCAUCAUCAAAGAUAUGACCGAAAUUAAACUCUAACAACUCUUGGAAAAGUCUGCUUGGGGGGAAGGUUUAGCAGAUUUUUUAUUAUUAAGUCGUUUUUUUUUUUCUUUCAAGUACGCUUGCGAAUGGUUCUCCCGCCAUUUGCAAGGGAUUCUGGCUCAGCGAAGAGAACAGCAUGGGUUCAGCUCUUCCGCUGAUUGUUCUAGAUGAGCAUGUGCAAUCACACAACGGCUGUUUGCUGACAGCCGUCGCACCAGCUUUGCCUGACAACGAAACACAGUAUUUACUCUUAAGGCUAAGACCGUCAGUGCAAUAUAGAGAAACACUACUGACUGAAACGAAACAUAGUUUAAGGAGAGAAACAUUGGGUGGUAGAACGGAAAACCGUUGUUUGUAUAUUAAGGAUCACCGCAGCUGCCAAAGUUUGAACUCCUCAUGUCAUUUGAUCUAUCCCUAUCUUAUGCGUUAUAAUGGCUCCGUGUGGCUCUUAAAUCAGCCUUGACUGUCACGACUACUUCCUGCCAUCUCGUGUUCUAAACCCAUUUUUGGCAAUCCUUGGACGGAAAUUUGAAUGGGACUCGGUAACUGUGACAAGUUUGGUCCAGUUUAAUUCAGUAAAGGUGCUUAUUGGGUAGUUGGCACAUUUCUAUACAUGGACCAAACGCUGCAUCGUGUAUGCUGUAAACUGUACACUGUAGCUUUUGCGCAAAGUAAUUCCAAACUAAAAAUUGCUAACGUGUGGAGAAUUACGCAGAAAUCCCAUACUGGAUACAUGUAAUUCCUCUACGUUUUAACAGGCGAAUUUCCUCGGUUCAGUCUUACGCACCAUUCCCCUUGCGGCUGCAACCGAUAUUACUUGUUCUCCAUGUAUGUUAAAAAUUUGUAGCAAACUUUGGCAGGGUUGUGUUCAAACCAAUGUUCUCCGUCAUAUCAUCGACGCUGCCACACGCAGACUUGUUUGUAUGCUGCUUCUGUGCAUUGGCUGUAUAUUUUGCAUUUGACGCUGUACAAAAUAGGCUUUCUAAUAUAUUCGUUUUGCGCGUGAUUAGUAUGGAACAAUUCGUGAACAAUAAAAUCUGGGUAGCUGUGCAAUAGCUGGCGUUCGAUUUUUUCUUUUUUCAGAUGUUAAACAUCACGUACUGCAAAUAUUUUAGCUUUGCGAGCUGCAUUAUCUGCUUUGACGUUAUUCUUUGGUUAUGUUUGUUGACGCUUACGCCGUUUAAAAUGAAACACCCGUUUCUGGCGCAUCUACAUACAGUAUUAUAAACAAUAUAUUAUUGCUUUCCCUUGAGGAUUUUUUGGGGAACGAAAUGUUAGCUUCUUCUCUGGAUCGUGCUGCGCUUUGGUUUACCUUUUUCGCUUUGAGCUGGAGAGCAGCAGUGUUUUUCCUCUCUACAGUAAAAAAUAAACAAUGUUGUGGUAGCUUUUUGCGGUUUGUUUCAGACAGGCACUCUAGUCUG